ACUACAGACUCAGUUGCCCUUUUGCCGUGCGUGGAUGAAGACGCGCCGCUGCGUACCGCGAGUGUUUUCUCAUGGACUCGGCCUGUCAGCACGACGGCAAAAUGUUACCCCAUGCAAAUUACGAGAGAAUCCCUGUACAGAGCACGCGAAGUGCCGUCUUUGGAUCUAUGCUUGUCGAUGACAAGUCCAACACGCCGUAUUCAGACGCCACACAGACCAAGAAGCACCCUCCGAACCACAUCAAGCGCCCGAUGAACGCCUUCAUGGUGUGGUCGCAGAUGGAGCGCCGCGAGAUCGUCAAGUUUGCCCCCGACAUGCACAACGCCGAGAUCUCGAAGCAGCUGGGGCGCCGCUGGAAGCUGCUGUCGGAGGAGCAGCGCCGCCCGUACCGCGAGGAGGCCGAGCGGCUGAAGGAGCUGCACCUCCGCGAGUACCCCGACUACAAGUACCGUCCGCGCAAGAAGGGGCAGAAGGGGCAGCUGAGGGGCGUUUCGGACAAGAACGGCGGCAAGGUGACCAAAGCCAAGGAGAGCCACGGCGGCGGCGGCGGCGGCCGGGAGAAGGCCAAGAGCGUGGUCAACGUGAUCAGCAACACGCGCAUCACCCACACGCAGGGCCUCGAGGUCGACCACAACAAGCUGGGAAUCAAGAUCACAAUCGACGACGACUUCAAGCGGUCGCACAUGAUGCCCCAGAACGGUGCCAUGGCCCUCACGCCGCAGUCCCCUCCCGAAGUGCCCGCCAGCCCGCCCUGUGACCUGCCAGACUCGCCCGAGAGUGCCUCCAUGUACGACGACCAGCAGGCCUUCAGCUACAACCCCGCCCACACCGCCCAUUACCACUCCGGCACCAGUUCCACCGCCUCGUCGCCCUCCACUCUCACCAGUAGUCGAACCACCCUCACGCUCAGCAGCGCCACGUCCAUCCACAACAUCAUGUCGAGCAUCAACACCGCCAGCAUGAUCAAGCAGGAGCCCGAGGACCCUCUGUACGAGGCCGUGUACACGCCCCAGAGCCUGGCCUCGCCCGGCCUGGCCUCGCCCCUGUGCGAGACCCCCACCACGCCCCACAUCAAGACGGAGCUCAAGCAGGAGACCCCCAGUCCGAGCGCCUCGCUGGCGGUGGACCACGCGAGUCUCGACGACCUGUACAACAUCACGGACUUCAUCUCCGUCACCGACAUCAAGAUGGACUUGGCUGACAUCGACUUCGACGCCGUCAGCACGAGUUCGGGGUCCCACUUCGACUUCUCGAGUGUGGCCGACGAGACGGACCACCUGCUGUCCGACUGCGGCAUCUCCCACACCUGGAUCGGCUCCGGCGCCUUCUUGCAGUAGGCAGGAAACCCCGGGGCCGCUUGAUCCAAGGGCGCGUCCUUUUUUCUCCUCCCCUCUUUCGUGUAGACAACGAAAGACAGAGACUUUUUAAGAUAUAACACUUCUGUCCAGCAUAGACUUAACAGUACUCUAGUGAAGUCAUUAGUAUUGUACACGAGAGAUCUGUUGGACGGGGACCAACUGUCCUACCCAGCUUACAAAGCCUCCAUAACGGUGCCAGUGCCUUCAACCAUUGUUUCCUAUGACCUUUUUAACAAAAAAUAAUGAAACAGUACACAGAACAGACGAACCAAAAAACAAUAAUAACAAACCAGUUAAACCGCAACUUACCGCAGUCUGGUCAAUAUAAUGGUGCACAAAGAUCAUCUCGGUGAUGAGACAAAACUUUAGCCUUAGCAGCCCAGCCAUAAUGCAUGUGAAACAGUCUAGUUGGUGGUCGACGGCCCGCAGCGGGAGAGUCGUCCUUUGGUAAACCAGUAUUCUCCACGUCGUACCGUAUUGUAAGAGGCUUUUUUUUAUUUUUCAUUUUUGUUUACAUGUCUUCUGUGGAAGUGAUGAACCAUUUUGAAUACAUAUGUUGAAUGGAAUUUAAGAAAAACUGAACCAAAAUUCUAGUGAGGGCAAGUGGGGCUUUGAAGGAAGGAAGAGAGAGGAGAUACAAAACAGUCAUCCUAACAAGGAAAUGAGAGGGAGUCUCGCAGUGUAAACAAAUACUACUAAACAUGUCUUUCUAUUGGAUCACCAGUCCACUCAUAUAGUUUGUUGUAAUAUUCUCCGAUGGUGAUGAGGCUCAAAGGAACAAAGAAAAGAGAUUCUUUAGUUCUGUACGGAACAAGUCCCUAACAUUGUUUGCCAUCUUUUUUUUUGUAACGUUUGUGAAGAGAGAAAGAAGGAGGAGGAGGUAUGGAAACUCGAAACUGCCGAAGAAGAAGCAGUGCAGAGACCGAAAGUCAAGGAAGAAAGGGAAGAGGAAGAAGAAGUCGAUGAUUGGUGGCUGGAGGUUUAAAAACAAAAGUUACGACUGUACAACAUCAGGCGACGCUGGUUCAUUUGACGAAGGCGAUUUGGUUGAAGAAGAAAUUUUAAAAAAAGCAAGUGACGAAGACGGUUGAAGAUCAGGUAAAGAACAAAGAAAAAAAGAAGGAAGACGAAACGAAGAGGAGAGAGACUCGAUGGUGAGGCGGAAGGAUCACCGGGCAGGCCGUUCUUGCGCAGGUCUUCGGUGUUGGGCGAAAGAGAACCAAGAUGUUGCUGAAGGAGCCUGGACACUGCAGAUCGAGCCAAGAAAGCACACCUGCAACUUGUGGUGUGACAACCUAAGGUGGUGACAUCCCAUGGUAGUGACAGCCAAUGGCAUUGACAGCCUAUGGUGAUGACUGCCCAUGGAGGUACGACAGCCUGUGGUGGUGACAGCCUCGACCAAUGAACGUCAAGGAAAACCCGUGGGCAUUUGGGGGAGACAAGUCUGCGUGACGUCAUCAGUGCAAUAAGCCAAUCGCGAGGCAGUUCAGUGACGUGGGAAAAAAAACGUGUAUUAAAAAAAAAAAAAGUAGAUUAUGGUAGUAUUUAUAUAUUGUUACAAAAUAUUUUGUAAAUGACACAUUGUCCCAGUGAUGCCGUCGGAAGAAGCUUAUAUCUCGUUUUUGUUUGUUUGUUUAAGUGAAUGCACAGUUAUGGAGUCCGCCUUCUAACGGCCUUGCAACCUAUUUUUUUUUUCCUUCCUGUGUCCUUCGUUAUAAAUGUACAAGCCAUUUCGUUCUUGACUGCCACUCGGAGGGCAUACGUUAGGAGAUCAUCCCAACAGUACUUAAAGAAAAAAAAAAAACGUGUGACGUCACUGAACCUGCCCCCCCCCCACCCCUUCUCCCCAUACCCCCUACCCCCCCACCCACCUAAUGGCGAUGGCGUUGUUGCGUAACCGUUUUUUUAUAUAUAAAUAUAUAUAUAAAUAUAUAUACAUAUGGGUAUUUUGGUAUGAUAAUGCAAUAAAGAGACAAGAUGAAAGAGGCAGAUUUUGUUUGAAAUUCUAGUCAGUACAACAAUAUUACUGUGUAUAGUAAUUAACUAUGUCAAACGAUUUUGCUCGUUUUCUCUCGUUUUAUACAUGUAUAUUGUCACAUUAUCAUUAUUAUUUACAUUUUUUUUUUCUCUCGUAGAUAACGGUUGAAAUGUAUCCACUGUUUUUUUAUUUAUUUAUGUUCAAUUUGUGUUAGUUAUUCAAAGUCUAUGGAUCUUUUUUUUUUCUUUUUAUUCGGUAGAAGGAAAAAAAUAUAUUUUUUUUGCAUCUCACUAGUUGCAAAAAACUGCUCAAAACACUGUAAAGGAAAUAGAUUAUAAGACGACUUUAAUAACAUCAGAAAUUUUCACAAGUGAUCUCAAUAUUUUCACAUACAAACUAACAAAUUUGACAAUAUUUUUUCACUUUUUUUUUUCAUCAUUGCAAUUUUUCUCUUUCUAUCAAUCCUUUUCUUCCUUCUGCCUAAAAUCUAUUAUAUUAUUGAUCAUAUUUUGUACAUAGUGUUAAAAGAAUGAAUGAAAUAUUCCCUGUACAGUUUUAAUUAUAUGGCAUUACGUCAGUAAGUCUUGUCGGAGGUUUUAUAUAUAUUUCGUAGAGUUAGCGCUUGCCUGUUCCAAGUUCAGGAACUGCAGGUGUAUGGAACAAAUAAAUUUUUAUAUGUUUCAAGUGA